AUGAACGGGACGGGACGGGAGUGCGGGCGCGGCGGGUCAGCGCUGCCGGCCAAGGCUCACCCGCUGAUCAGCGCCCUCAUGUUCUCGGCCGGGCUCCUGGGCAACCUCCUGGCGCUGGGGCUGCUGCUGCACGGCCGCCGCGGGCCCCGCCAGCGCCCGCCCUCGCUCUUCCACGUCCUGGUGCUGGCCCUGGUGGUCACCGACCUGCUGGGCACCUGCUCCGUCAGCCCCUUCGUCCUGGCGUCCUACCACCGCAACCACACCCUCACCGCCCUGGUCCAGGGAGGGCACAUCUGCCUCUACUUCGGCUUCGCCAUGAGCUUCUUCGGCCUCGCCACCAUGCUCAUCCUCUUCACCAUGGCGCUGGAGCGGUGCCUGGCCCUGGGGCAGCCGUACUUCUACGAGCGCUUCCUCAGCCCCCGCACGGGCUUGGUGGCCCUGCCCGCCAUCUACACCUUCUCGGCCGCCUUCUGCUCCCUGCCCCUGCUGGGCUUCGGCCGCUACGUCCAGUACUGCCCCGGCACCUGGUGCUUCAUCCAGAUGCACCUGGAUUCCCACCAGAACCGCGGUGGCCGGGGGGCGGCCGGGCUGAACGUCACCUUCUCACUGCUCUACGCCACCCUGCUCCUCUUCCUCAUCCUGGCCGUGCUGCUCUGCAACCUGAGCGUGAUCGUGAACCUGGCCCGCAUGCACCGCCGCGCGCAGCGGACGCGCCGCGUGGCCACGCUCGAGCAGCCCCGCGCGGCCUCCGGCUGCGGCCGCCGCAUGUUCUCCAUGGCCGAGGAGAUCGACCACCUCCUCCUCCUCUCCAUCAUGACCAUCACCUUCGUCAUCUGCUCCCUGCCCUUCACGAUCCGUGCCUACAUGAACAAGUUCAUCACGGAAGAGGGCGAGCACGAGUGGGACCUGCUCGCCCUGAGGUUCCUCUCCAUCAAUUCCAUCAUCGACCCCUGGGUCUUCGCCAUCCUGAGGCCGCCGGUGCUGCGGUUCCUGCGCUCGGUGCUGUGCUGCCAGGUGACCCCCACGCUCCCGGGCAGACGGACUCCAUGCCCUGCAAAGACAAAACUGGCGGCACAGCUGGGCCCCUGUGAGCCGUAGAUCCAGCAGCCAUUCCAGGAGACUCCUGCCAGGUGAAGCGCAGCCCGGACAGGUGUUAACGAAGCUCUGCCUUACGGCCCGUAAGGAGACGUGUCUGCUGUGGGGUGGGCCUGGGUUGGGCCAGGUGUCGCCUGGGAAGGCCCUGGAAAGCCAGUGGGGUUCCUCACAGGGCAAAAAAUUACAGUGGGACAAGAUCAGAAGGGCUGAUGAAUACCUGGGAAGGGCUGUAACCCUCAGAUGGGGCAGGUCCCACACGGAAAAGGGGGAAGGCUCCGUUCGGCCCUGCUGUGGGAGGGUCAGGGGGUGAAGCAUGGGGGGCUUUGCUAUAACACUACUGCUGGGGAGGGAUGUUGGGAAGCAGGGCUUCCUGCUGGUGUGCUUCCCAGAAAGGUCUCUGAGGUUGUUCUGGGGCGCAGGCAGCUCCUGGAGAUGGGGCUGUGUGGCCAUCGUGGCUGCAAGCAUCCAUCUCUGCCCACAGAUCCCUAGGGAUUGGAGAGGAGACGACAGGAGCAGUGUACCCCCAGAUAUUCUCCUUUUUUUUCAUAGGCCAGUUGCCUAAAGAAAUGCACUUUUUCAGGUGUAGAUCUCUGUGCAUGUGUCUGUCUCUUUGUCUGUCUGUCCCCCACCCCAGAGAUUUUAAGCACCGGUGGGUCCCUGAGGGGCACCGGGGCAGAGAAAAAGCCAAAUUAUGGCACUUCCCUCAUGCUGUGAUGGAGCAGAGUCUGCAGCCCCUCCUCAGCACCCAUUUUGCAAUUCCCUUUGCCUUGUGGUUUGUGCAAGAGCCGUCAAGGGGAAUAAAGAGCCUGACCAGGGAUUGAGAGGUUUCUGUCACAACCACGAGCUUCACCCACAGCCAGGGUGAUGCUGCUGGUGGGUUUUGGGGCGUUCACUUCUUUGCAAGUUUUAUUUAAAAUAAAACCCAAACAAAAAUGUCAA